GAGCGGAAGCAGACCUUUUGGCAGAAUUAGGAGAAGCAGCUAAGCUCCCUGUAAUGUCUCUUUGUUGAGAUCAUGCGCAGUGAUCAAGCUGCCGAAGUUAGGGGAAUCAGUACGCUUAUUGAAGUAUUCAAAUGGAGGGAUGUUAUAAUUUUAUAUGAUAACAAAGAAUAUAUAUGAGAAAGACUUCAUUCCAUCAUUAGUCAACUCUUUCCAAGAGAUCACACAUCGGAGUGUUUCAUACAAGAGUUCCAAUAUUGCUUCCUCCUCAUCAAAUGAAGAAAUCAUUGAAGAGCUCCAAAAGCUGACGAGAUUGAAGAUUAAGGUAUUUGUGGUGCAUGUGUCACAUUUGCUUGCACCACGCCUUUUCUUAAUUGCAAAUAAGUUAGGGAUGAGGAGUGAAGGGUAUGCUUGGAUUGUGACUUCGAGUAGCAUGAAUUUAUUGCAAGCCAUGAAUUUAUCUGUUAUCGAGUCAAUGCAAGGAGUGCUGGGUUUCAAGUCGUCUAUUCCAGCAUCAAUAAACCUUCACAGUCUUACAACAAGAUUGAGGAGGAAGUUUUACAUGGAGGAUCCAAAUAUGGAAGCGAUUCGGGAGUUGAGUGCAGAUGGGAUCUGGGCAUAUGAUGCAACUUGGGCUCUAGGAAAAGCAGUUGAAAAAGCAAGGCUUAAAAAUUCUACAACUAGAUCCUCCAAAGAUGGAGUUGUGCUUCUUAAUGAGAUGUUACAGACUAGAUUUAAAGGUUUAAGUGGUGAAAUUCAAUAAGUGAAUGGGAAACUGAUUCCAUCAGAACCAUUUGAGAUAGUUAAUGUUAUUGGAAAAGGUGAGAUCAAAAGGAUUGGAUUUUGGCCUUGCAAAGAAGAAGUAAAAUCCGGAAAAGGGUCACCCUAUCAGCAGCUUAUUCAUAGUAGGAGAAAUUUAGCUUCUACAAUUGAUCUUGAAAGAGUCAUCUGGCCUGGAGGAUCCAAAAGGGAAUUGAGUAGUAGUGAAACAAUUAAACUAAGAAUUGGUGUUCCAGCUAAGAAUUGGUGUUCCAGUGAGAUUCGGGUUCAAGGAACUUGUUCGUGUCGAGCAUGAUCUUGAAAUCAACACAACUCAUGUCACUGGCUUUUCUAUAGAUGUAUUUAAAGCUGCAAUUGGAGCUUUGCCGUAUGAAGUGCAAUACGAGUUUAUUCCAUUUGAGGAUGCCAAUGGAAAUUCUGCAGGGACUUAUAAUGAUCUUGUUUACCAGGUUUAUCUCAAGAUCUUUCCUGCCACAUGCAUAUUGGGCGUACCUGUGGAUCGAUACCCUAGAAAUUCGAUGCUGUUGUUGGAGAUGUUACUAUCACAGAGAACAGAUCUCAGUAUGUUGAUUUUACAAUCCCAUAUACUGACUUAGGUGUGGGAAUGUUGGUACCAAAUGCCAAGGAAAACAUGUGGUUUUUCUUUAAACCACUUUCAAAAUAUCUUUGGAUAACAACUGCUGCUUUCUUUAUCCUUACUGGAUUUGUUGUCUGGAUAAUUGAGCAUCCUACUAAUGAAAACUUCCGAGGCACAGCAGCAGAACAAAUUGGAACAGUAUUCUGGUUCUCCUUCUUUUCUCUUGGGUUCACUUAUACGGAGAAGUUGUCAAAUAAUUUGGCAAAGUUUGUUGUGAUCAUAUGGGUGUUUUUAGUGCUUAUAUUGACGUCGACUUACACUGCAACUCUAGCAUCAAUGAUGACAGUCAAACAGAUACAGUUAAACUCAAGGGGAAACUAUAUAGGUUACCAAUCGGGUUCCUUAGGAGUUAUAGUGAACUUGAAUUUCAAAGGGAUUAAGCCAUAUCGUUCAAGUGAGGAGUAUUUUGUUGCUUUAUCAAAAGGAAGCAAGCAUAAUGGUGUUUCUGGGGUUAUUGACGAGGUUCUAUACAUCAACAUCUUCCUCCCAAACUAUUCUGCUGACUACUCGAUGAUUAAAACCAAGUCUAUCACCAAUGGUUUUGCCUUUGUUUUCCCUAAAGGUUCGAAAUUGGUUCAAGAUGUGUCAAGGCAAAUUGAACGUCUGAGACAGGAAGAAAAGCUUAUAGAGAUGGAGAAGACCUGGUUUCUUAGAAAAACAACUCUCAUGUCUGAUGAGGAUAUUAAUAACAAAGAUCCCAAUACGAUUGACCUCUACGACAUCCGCGGUCUAUUCGUUAUUAGUGGCGCUUCUUUAGCGAUUGCUCUUUUCUUAUUCAUAGUUGUAUCCCAUAGAUUUAGAAAUCUGAUUAGAGGACUAGUGCAGUUGAUUGGAAGACAACUACAGCGUUUAAGGAUGUUUGUCUCCAACAAAGUAUGCAGUAGAACUGAACAAAACUGCUGCAUGUCACUUCCUAUGCAAUUGUACAUAUACACUGUCCGAUAAUCACUAAAACAAAUAUAGUUCGAUACUUCGAUGCAUUUGAUA